AUGUCUGAUGGGAGAGGAGUUGUUCAGCAAUUUCUUCAUUUGGCGAGACAGAGUCAGUAUAUUUAUUGGGUCAUGUCUAAUGAUCUUGGCGUUCUACAGCAUGCAUUUAUGGUGCACCCAAUCACGGCAAACAUACUACACACAUACCCACAUGUGAUCGGUAUGGAUUCGACUUACAAGACCAACCGAUACGGGAUGCCGUUCUUUGAGAUACUUGGUGUGACACCGACAAAUCAGAAUUUCCUCGUCGACCAUGAGCUUGGCCUCUAUGCGGCAUUGAGAGAAGUGUUUUCGGGGACGUCGCAUUUACUUUGUCGAUGGAAAAUUAACAAAGAUGUGGAGGCUCGGGUCACUGAUAUGUUCAAAAACAAGAGGAUCAGUGCGACUUUCAAAAACGACAAAUGGAAACGUAUCAUGGAUGCUACAACCGAGGCGGAUUAUAAUGCUGAUGUCGAUACAAUGAAAGCUCGGUGGGCAAGUUAUCCGGCAGUGAUUAGUUAUGUUGAGAGAACAUGGCUUUGUCAUAAAACCAAAUUUGUGACAUUUUGGACGAACCAAGUUCUCCACUUAGGUAACACGAGUACUUGCAGAGUUGAGAGCCAACAUUCGGCCGUGAAGAUGUGGUGUGAAUCUUCGACAGGCUUGUAUAUCAGGCAAAUUCAUCUGCUCUGGAAGACCUUGGUUAUCGGUGAUGGUAUUGAUGUACCGGUGUUCGUUAACGACUCGACCGAGGAAGCUGCACAUUUUCGUUCCCUGGAUGAUGAGGUCAUUAGUAGUGAUCCUGCUAUACUUCGAAAUGUAUCUUGCAUCAUUGAGGAGGAGUUGCAUCCUGAUCAUUCAAACCUUGAAGAUCCACAUGUAAACCACAACGUUCGAGGUCGACGAAGGAACAAUGAUACAAGACGUGAUCCUUGUUAUUUCGAACAUGUCAACUGUGAAAACAAUCAACAUGGUGCACAGCAAACAGAAGACCCAUCUGACAUCAGCCGAUGCAGAUAUUUGCAUUUGCUUCCAGGACCAAUGUUGCCUUACAUCACGGCAUGGAAGGAUGUCAUUGGUGAUGGUAACUGUAGCUUUCGUUAUGUGGCCGACUUCUUCUUCGGUGAUCAAGCGCAAUGGUUUGACACUCGGGAAAUAAUAGCAAACGAGGUCGCCGCUCAUCCAUUCCUGUACGAAAGGAUUUACGGGAUUGGAAGGGUUCGGAUGAACGUGGAACGUAUUCGAUGGGACGGUGGGGCGGUUGAUUCACGGCAAUGGAUGGUUGCAAUUCAACAUUUAUUUCCUAUUGCUACUUGGUUCAACGCAAGGGUUAUUAUUCUUGGUGUAGGCACCGUACCAACCUGCUACUACCCAUGCCUCAUGAUCUUACCGUUGCGGGCACGAAACACGGUCAGGGCACCCGCCCGAGAGUUUGUGAUCGCUACAGUUGGGGGGUCACAUUUCAUCCGUAUUGAUCUUGCAGAAAAUUCACCUCUUCCCCUGAUUGCAGGAUGGUGGAACGAGCACCACGAGCCAAGUGUUGAUGGAUGGGAUCAGCAAAUGAAGUUAGAAGGAACAUGUGGGAUGCAUUAA